CCCAGUUGACCCCGCUCAACGAGGUUGUUUUCGUCCCGUCUUUCUCGGUCCGCCCCGCAAAGCCCCGCCCCCACAACUGUUCAACGUUUAAGCAUGUUUCCUAUUUCAUGACAGUGCGGGGCACCGGACCUGUGAAGCAGUUGGAACUUGGCGAAGGAUGGACAUGUGCCUGGCAGGUGAAGGCAGCGAAUAUAAGACAGACGAUUUGGAUGGACGCGGAGGGCGAGGAGAGUCUCUUUACGAAAGUCUUCGACUUCCUCGACCUUCAUCAUCAUCAUGAGGUUCUAUGUUGUCGCGUUGGGUUUGUUUGCGGGGUUGGGGUCUUUCUUGUUCGGUUAUGACACGGGUAUCAUCACGACGAGUAUUGCACACCAAAGCUUCAAAGAUUAUAUGGGCAAUCCCGGUUCUGCUGCGACGGGAGCUAUCGUAUCCACCUACAUCGCUGGAGAGACCAUCGGUGCUAUAUUGCAAUCAGUUUUGGGAGAUAGACUCGGAAGGAAACGUUUCAUGGGAAUGCUUUGUCUUGUCGUCACUGUUGGUACCGUCAUCCAGACUGCAGCACAGAACUUCCCCAUGUUCUUGGUCGGACGUAUCUUAACGGGUGUCGCUGUCGGUGGUCUCGUCGGAACGGUCCCAAUCUACAACUCUGAGAUAGCUCCGCCAGAACAUCGUGGUCUUAUCGGUGGUCUUUCAGGGUACAUGAUCGGUAUCGGUGGUUUCUUAGCAAACUGGAUCGGAUUCGCAUGUGCACACGCCUCCAACGGUGCCUUCCAAUGGCGAUUCCCUCUUGCUCUCCAAAUCCCUCCUGGCGUCAUCCUUCUAAUAGGCUUGAUUUUCUUCCUUCCGGAAUCGCCACGGUGGCUCAUUCGUAACGGACGUGAUGAGGAAGCAAAAGCAGCUUUCACGAAAAUUAGAGGGGAUCUCGACGGCCCGUCGUGUCACAAGGAGUUUACCGAUAUGCGAGAUCAGAUUAUGUACGAGAAGUCCACUGAGCUCUCCAGCUUCAAGGAGGCUUGGAGCAAAUAUAAGAGGCGUGUGAUCAUUGCCAUCGCCACACAGACCAUGACAUCCCUCACCGGUGUCAAUGUUAUCAACUAUUAUCAGACGACGCUGUACGCAAAACUCGGUAUCACAGGAAAUGAUGUAUUAUUGCUCUCUGGUAUCUAUGGUACCCUUGGCGUUCUCAUCAACAUCGUCUCGCUUCGUCUGAUCGACCGCUUCGGUCGUGUAAAACUCCUUGGAUUUGGUGCUAUGGGACUUUGCAUCGACUUGGUCUACUCUGCGCUCAUGGCGAGGUUUUUCACCAACUCGGACAAUAAAGUCGGCAAAGGUUUUGCCAUCUUAGGAAUCUAUCUCUACACGAGCAUCUAUUAUCUCGGAAUAAACAGUACUACAUGGCUUUACGGUGUGGAGAUCCUGCCAAUCUUCUUGCGUAGCAAAGUGACUGGAGCAGCAUCGUUCUCGCAUUUCAUUUGGAAUAUUGCUCUCACCGAGGCCGGUCCUAGCGCAUUUGCUAACAUUGGAGAAAACUACUACUAUGUGUUCGUAGUAACGACUUUCAUAUCCACGAUAUGCGUUUUCCUUUUCUUCCCCGAGACGAAAGGCAAGACGCUCGAAAUGAUUGCAGCUGACUUUGGCGACAAAGUCGUCAUGUCAGAAUUCGAUGUCGCUGCCGCAAAUCGGGCAGAUAAAAUGGGUAAAUCACAGAUAGAUGAGGAGAGAAUGGAGCAUAGCGAAGCACCCUCUAUUUCUGGGCCGGUAGAAAGGACUUACCUCGCAUGAGGUUUCGGAAGGUCACAUCUGUAUUACUUGUUUUCUGUGAUUUUCGCAGGAGGGUCCUGCUUGUUCUCUUUCGACUCAUAUCUAUUCAAUAUAUCUUCC